GGCGUUCACAGUCGGGAAGUCAUGUCCAGAUCGGGUGAUAGAACAUCCACCUUUGACCCAACACACAGUGACACCCUGCUGCACGGGCUCAACCUCUUAUGGAGGAAGCAGCUGUUCUGUGAUGUGACUCUCACUGCCCAGGGGCAGCAGUUCCACUGCCACAAAGCGGUGCUGGCGUCCUGCUCCCAGUACUUCCGAUCCCUCUUCUCCUCCCACAAUGUCAUCAACAAGGAGGGGAGCAAAGGGGACCAGGGCAGCAGCGGGACCCCCUCGUCCUCUCCGGACGACAAGCUGGUGACCCCCAGCGCCAGGCCCAUCAAUAACCUGGUCCUCCAGGGCUGCUCCUCCAUUGGACUACGAUUAGUGCUGGAGUACCUGUACACCGCCAACGUGACUCUUUCCCUGGACACGGUGGAAGAGGUGCUGUCGGUCAGCAAGAUCCUCAACAUCCCCCAGAUCACCAAGCUCAGCGUGCAGUUCCUCAACGACCAGAUCUCGGUGCAGAACUACAAGACGAUCUGCAAGAUCGCCGCACUCCACGGACUGGACGAGACCAAGAAGCUGGCCAACAAGUACCUGGUGGAGGACGUGCUGCUGCUGAACUUUGAGGAGAUGUGCGCCAUGCUCGACGCUCUGCCGCCCCCGGUGGAGUCGGAGCUGGCGCUAUUCCAGAUGUCAGUCCUCUGGCUGGAGCAUGACCGGGAGACUCGCAUGCACUACGCGCCGGACCUUAUGAAGAGGCUGCGCUUCGCCCUCAUACCUGCUCCAGAGCUGGUGGAGAGGGUGCAGUCUGUUGACUUCAUGAGGACUGACCCCGUGUGCCAGAAACUACUCAUGGAUGCCAUGAACUACCACCUGAUGCCCUUCAGGCAGCACUGCAGGCAGACCACGGCCAGCAGAAUCCGUUCCAAUAAGAGAAUGCUGUUACUGGUGGGUGGCUUGCCUCCUGGACCCGAUCGUCUCCCCAGCAAUUUGGUCCAGUACUAUGACGACGAGAAAAAGACAUGGAAGAUCCUCACAAUAAUGCCUUACAACAGCGCCCAUCACUGCGUGGUGGAGGUGGAGAACUUCCUGCUGCUGCUGGGCGGAGAGGAUCAGUGGAACCCAAACGGUAAGCACAGCACUCACUUCGUCAGCCGCUACGACCCCAGAUUCAACAGUUGGAUCCAGUUGCCUCCGAUGCAGGAGAGGAGAGCCAGCUUCUUCGCCUGCCGCAUGGAUAAGCACCUGUACGUGAUCGGCGGUAGAAACGAGACCGGCUACCUCUCCAGCGUGGAGUGCUACAACCUGGAGACUAACGAGUGGAACUACUUGUCGUCGCUGCCGCAGCCUCUGGCCGCUCACGCAGGAUCGGUGCACAACGGCAAGAUCUACAUAUCGGGAGGCGUUCACAAUGGAGAGUAUGUGUCCUGGCUCUACUGUUAUGACCCCGUGAUGGACGUGUGGGCGAGGAAACAGGAUAUGAACACAAAGCGCGCCAUUCACGCCCUGGCCGGGAUAAACGACCGCCUGUACGCCAUCGGUGGAAACCAUUUGAAAGGUUUCUCCCAUCUAGACGUGAUGUUGGUGGAGUGUUACGACCCGAAGGCCGACCAGUGGAACAUCCUGCAGACGCCCAUCCUGGAGGGUCGCAGCGGGCCGGGCUGCACCGUGUUCGACGAGAGCAUCUUCCUGGUGGGGGGCUACAGCUGGAGCAUGGGGGCCUAUAAGUCUUCCACCAUCUGCUACAGCCCAGAGAAAGGAGCAUGGACAGAGCUGGAGGGAGAGGUGGCGGAGCCCUUAGCGGGCCCGGCCUGCUCCACCGUCAUCCUGCCCGCCUGCCUCCCCUUCAACAAAUGACAACUAAUCCGUCCGCGGGGGGGCAAGCGGCAGAGGGAAGAAUGGGAAGAGGAUCGAUG